GUCGGUAUCGUUGGUCGCACGGGAGCUGGCUUCGAAAGUUCGAUCAUUCAAUCUCUUUUCCGAUUAGCACAGAACGAGGGACAAAUUUUGAUCGAUGGCGUGGACAUUGGGCUGAUUGGAUUGCAUGAUUUGCGAAAGAAGGUCUCGAUCAUUCCACAGGAGCCGGUUCUAUUCUCCGGCAGUCUGCGAUUCAAUUUGGAUCCAUUUGGCGAGCGAAGCGAUGGCGAACUAUGGGAUGGUGGAUCGAAUCUCAGUGCCUGUCAACGUCAAUUGCUCUGUUUGGCUCGCGCCAUUCUGCGAAAUAAUAGAAUCUUGAUUUUGGAUUUCAUUGAAAACAAUCCAAUUCUGUUGUUUUAAUAUUCUUCUUCGUUUCAUGGCGAUUGUUAAUUAAGAAGACUGAUUGAAUAAUAUUCAAUGAAUAUUGAUUGUAAUUUUGCAUCAUUUCAACAAAUUAAAGAAGAACAGGAAGCAGAGUUAACCAGAAAUUAAACGCAUUUGUUUUCAAUUUCUAUUUGUUAGCUCCGUAUAAUUUUCAUAAACAAAAUAAUUACAGUAUUUUGGAAUCAAGUGACCAAUUAAGGCGGUUUCUAAAAGCUUUUUUCAUAUUUAUUUCAAUCCAACUUUAAUUUCCAACGUUUUCUCAUACAACGAACAUAUUCGAAUCGAAUUCCAGUGAACCCCAAGCUUCGGUAUACCUACGUUGGUCAUUUGAGAAUUCAAUCGUAAUGACAUUUCUCUGAAUUCGCCCGUUUUUUGUAUGUGCGCAUUUGUUUGGUGUUAUGCAGCUGUUUUGACAGUUCCAUCUUUCGCCCAGACUCACACAUGCGACGCGCAGUCACAUCAUACUGCCUAUUUAUGCUGACAAACAGAGAGCGAAGGUUAACGAUAACACGUUGUAUUCACAUCCACAAACACGCACACACUCACACAGACUUCGAACACAUACAAAUCUCAACGUCUGGCUGUCACUUUGUCUAGAGAAACGAAAAUAACAAUAAGCAUACAACGGAAUUUGUACAGCUUCCAGAUUAACUUGGGCGAUUUGCAUAUAUAUAUAUUUAUUUUGUUGUUUAUCCAUCAUUGCAAUUGAUCUGCCUGAAAUUUGAAUACGGCGUGAACGUGUGGAGGCGAAAAUAAGAAGUGUGUAAGAGUCAGCAAAAUUUUCGGAUACAAAAACGGAGCAUUUGAUGUUGCUACGCAAAACGUAAUUGAAGUGACGAAGUUGAUAUGGCAGCAACACGAAUACCUGAACAAAAAUUGAUUCUCUGCGGAGAGUAUGGAGCUGGAAAGAGUUCGAUAUUCCGUCGAUAUACCAACAAUUCAUUUGUAACGAGCACAGACCGUAGUUCGACACUUGGACUGGACCAUUUUUCGAAAAGUUUCACGGCCAACGAUCGGGAAAUGAAGCUCGCUCUUUGGGAUACUGGUGGUAUGGAGCGCGUUGCUUCGGUCACAUCUAGCUACUACAAAUUUGCGGAGGGUGCUAUACUUGUGUUCUCGUUAGACAAUGCCUCCUCAUUUCACGCAUUAUCACAGCACUUAUUAGACAUAGUUUCGUAUGCUGAAAAUGCCAAAAUCUUUUUGUGUGGAAACAAAUCGGAUUUGGUCGGGAUGGAACCGCAGGUGACCGAGGCCGAUAUCGAAGACUUCAUUGAACAAUGUCAAAAUCUAAUCAGUGGCACAUUCAAAAUAUCAUGCAGAACCGGCGAAGGUGUUCACGAAAUGUUUCAAGAAAUUGCCAACAUUCUGACACAAUCAAAUCGAUCGCGCCUCGAAUUACAAUCGUUAGAGCACCAUGGAUUCAAAGUAGAUCAGACAGAAACCAACCAAGAUAAAUGCAAAUGCUGAACUGAGAUUUCGGCUCGCCUAUCAUCAUUUUGCCGAUUAAGUCAAACACCAAACCACAUUCAAUUAACCACAAGAAAUAAUCAACUAAUUGUGAACAUAUUUGUGUGUUUUUUCAUUUCACCUUCAAAUCGUGUUUUGAUUUGUUUUUCAUUUUAUGUUGUUAUUCAGUUCAUGAUAAGCAAAUCACAUCGAGCAUCACCAUUCACCAUGCAAAUUGUUACCAUUUUUUAUCAGACUAUGAUUAGAAUUAGCUCAUAAGUAAUAUUUAUCAUGAAACGUACCCAUUUUGUAUAUUGUAUAUACUUGGACAAAAAAACGACUUUUUUUGCACAUUAAACAUUGAACUAAUCCAA